AUACACACAAUCAUCUAUAUAUACCAAUACAUACCUCUCCUCUAAAUUUAAACUUCCAAAGCCCAGUUGAUUUAAUUUCUGACUUUGUUAGUCAAAAACGCCAAGGCUUUUGGAUUGUUAUAAAGCUCUACAACUUUCUUACCUAAUCCUAGUUUCUUGGUCAGGUUAAACGCCUUUGCAUAGCUUAUCUAAUGGCGGUUAAGACAAAUGGGUUCACUAUACCAGAAGAAUUGAUAAAGCUACUAUUAUCACUGGCCUCAAAUUGGGGGGACAUGAUUGAUUCAAACACCUUGAAAGUGGUUCACCUAAGUGGUGCUAUGACUAAUGAAGUUUACAGGAUAAGCUGGCCUACAAAGAUGGCAAAUGAUUCCAGAACAGUUUUGGUUCGAAUUUAUGGUGAAGGAGCUGACCGAUUCUUCAACCGGAAUGAUGAAAUUCGGACGUUUGAGUGUUUGUCGAGGCACGGCCAGGGUCCUCACCUUCUUGGCCAGUUCCCAGAGGGCCGGGUCGAGGAGUUCAUUCAUGCUAGGACACUAUCGGCUGUUGAUCUUCGUGACCCUGUUGUAUCUGCUCUGAUAGCAUCUAAGGUGAAGGAUUUCCACAAUCUUGACAUGCCCGGUCCAAAAACCGUGGUCCUCUGGGACAGAAUGAGAAACUGGUUAAGUCAGGCCAGAAGUUUGUGUACCCGUGAACAUGCUAGAGAGUUUUGCUUGGAUGCUUUAGAGGACGAGAUUUGUGUACUGGAAACAGAGUUGUGGGGGGAGCACCAAGAUCUCGGGUUUUGUCACAAUGACUUGCAAUAUGGUAACAUAAUGAUCAAUGAAAAAACAAGAUCAAUCACUAUAAUUGAUUAUGAGUAUGCAAGUUACAAUCCUGUAGCCUAUGACCUUGCAAAUCACUUCUGUGAGAUGGUAGCAAAUUAUCAUUCGAACACGCCUCAUGUUUUGAACUACAGUGUGUACCCUGGUCUGGAGGAGCGUCAGAGAUUUGUGCAAGUAUAUCUCAGUUCUGGAGGAAAUCAACCCAGUGACAAUGAAGUGGACCAGCUUGUGCAUGAUACAGAGAAGUACACAUUAGCAAACCAUCUGUUUUGGGGUUUAUGGGGAAUAAUCUCUGCCUAUGUGAACAACAUUGAGUUUGAUUACAUGGAGUAUGCAAGGCAGAGGUUUGAGCAGUACUGGUUGAGGAAGCCUAGACUCUUGGGUCUUAGGUACUAGCCCCCUCAAGAAGAAGAGUCUCCCUGAAUAAAAUUGGUGAAAAUGGUUCCUCAUAAUUUGCUAAAAUGAAGGGCUUUUUUGUCAUUUCCAUUUUAUAAUCUAUCUGUUUAUAUUAUAUAAUGAAAAUGAGAGGUUUUAAUGAGGAA